UUAAAGGCGCCCAGAUCUCCGCUUAACGUUACUUCGCGAGAUUUGCUUGGCGCCGCGACCUCAUGUGAGACACCUCCUGCUUGAGAGCCAGUCCGACGUUACCUCUGCAGAGGAAAACGCAACGGAGCGCCCCAAAAAUGGUUUAUUUCCGUCUCAUCUGAGCCCCCCCCAAAAAACACGUUUGUACCGAGAAAGACUUUUUCGCCCAUUGUUUAUUCGAGGCCUAGCCGGGGGCGCCGCGCAACGAUGUGGAUCCAGGUUCGCACGAUAGACGGGAAGGAGACGCGAACCGUUGAGGAUCUUUCUCGGCUGACCAAAAUUGAGUCUUUACGGCUGAAAAUACAGGACAUCUUCAAUGUGAGCCCCCAACAGCAGCGCCUCUUCUACCGAGGGAAGCAGAUGGAAGAUGGUCUGACACUUUUUGACUACAACGUGGGUCUCAAUGACAUCGUCCAGCUGCUGAUUCGGUCUCAGACCGACCCCCCGGACAGUCCCGCCACCAAGGACGCCUCAGGUGUUGCCAGUAGCUCAGCUCCUCUGCCUGACUCGAAGCCUGAAAACCUCCGGGCUACGGUCUCCUCCACAGAUAUGGAGACCUCAUCCGACACGGACAAUAAGAACGAAAGCGACCGUGCCACUGUAAAUGAAACCAAGCCAGAAACCAUCGCUGCUAGUACCAAAAAUGGGUUCAGGUCCUCCAGUCCAGCACAGGACACUCAGCCACCCACAUCCAGCCGGAGCACGUUAGUCAACCCAGGGAUUGGCUUGUAUAAGAUUAACGAGCUGGUGGACUGUAGGGAUGUAAGCAUCGGCGCCUGGUUUGAGGCCUGCAUUGAAAAUGUGACACUUUCACCCAAAGGACAGAUAACACCCACUAAGGGAAAGGUGGGUCGGCCCCCAAAAAGGACAAACGGGAAGCUGGAGGCUGAGCAGGCACAGGCCCAUGGACAAGGUCAAACCACGGACAAUAACAGGAAUAACCCUGUGUUAAACUCUGAAAGUAACGGAGCCUCCACCUCUCAGAAAGACUCUGCCACAGAAACCAAGGAGAAAGAAGAGGACAUAGCUUACCACAUUAAAUAUGAAGACUAUCCAGAGAACGGUGUCGUAGAGAUGCGCUCCGUAGACGUAAGGCCCCGUGCCAGGACCCUGCUGCGGUGGGACCAGCUGCAGGUGGGGCUGCAGGUGAUGGUCAACUACAACAUGGAAACCCCAGAUGAAAGAGGCUUCUGGUACGACGCAGAGAUAGUGGCCAUUAAUCAAACCUCUCGCACCAAUAAGGAGCUCCGAGUUAAUAUUCUCCUGGGCGGCCCUGAAGAUGUGAUCGGAGAUUGUAAAGUUCAGUUUUUAGAUGAAAUCUACCAGGUGGAGAAGCCGGGAGCUCGUCCCCUCUCAAGCGCAGACGGACAGUUUAAACGGAAGAGCGGACCCGAGUGCAAGCAUUGCAAGGCCGACCCCGACGCAGAGUGCCGCUUCUGCUCCUGCUGCGUGUGCGGCGGGAAGCAGGACGCUCACAUGCAGCUGCUGUGUGAUGAGUGCAACAUGGCGUUCCACAUCUACUGCCUGAACCCUCCGCUGGCCACCAUCCCAGAUGACGAGGACUGGUAUUGCCCGACCUGUAAAAAUGACACCAGCGAAGUUGUCAAGGCAGGAGAGAAACUGAAAGCCAGUAAGAAGAAAGCCAAAAUGCCUUCGGCUACCACUGAGAGUCAAAGGGACUGGGGAAAGGGUAUGGCCUGCGUGGGGCGCACUAAAGAAUGCACAAUUGUUCCCUCAAACCACUACGGACCUAUUCCCGGCAUUCCUGUGGGAACCACCUGGAAAUUCAGAGUGCAGGUGAGCGAGGCAGGCGUUCACAGGCCGCACGUCGGCGGCAUCCACGGCCGCAGCAACGACGGCUCCUAUUCGCUGGUGUUAGCCGGGGGCUUUGAGGACGAAGUGGACCGGGGAGACGAGUUCACCUACACUGGCAGUGGGGGUCGUGACCUCUCAGGAAACAAACGAAUCGGAGAGCACAGUUUUGACCAGACACUGACUCACAUGAACAGGGCGUUGGCCUUAAACUGUGAUGCGCCACUGAAUGACAAAGAUGGAGCCGAGUCCAGAAACUGGCGGGCUGGGAAACCGGUGAGAGUGGUACGCAGCUCUAAAGGUAGACGCAUCAGCAAAUACGCUCCAGAAGAAGGAAACCGCUAUGACGGUAUUUACAAGGUGGUAAAGUACUGGCCAGAGAUCGGAAAGUGUGGCUAUUUGGUGUGGCGGUAUCUGCUGAGACGAGAUGAUCUGGAACCAGCUCCUUGGACCCCUGAAGGACUGGAGAGAAUAAAGAAACUGGGCCUUUCGGUUCAGUACCCACCAGGCUAUUUGGCAGCCAUGGCUAACAAAACAAAGAAGGAGGCUUGCGCUAGACCUGGCCGUGGCGGUCGCGGUAAGCACUAUCCUGGAAGGGGGCGACCACGGAGGCGCAAGAUUAAAACAAAAGAGGAGGAGGAGGAGGAAGGGCCGGAGGAGGAGGAAGAGGAGGAGGGGGAAGAGCAGGGGGACGAGCCUCCAGAAGCCCAGAUGCAAGAGGACGCACCACAAAGUAACGGAGAGCAGAAGACAACCGGAGAAACUGAAUCGUCACCAGAAACCGAGCCGCCGCCUAAACGUGUAAAGAUAGAGGAGACCUUCCAGCUGACUGAGCAGCAGCAGCAGCUGAUCCAGGAUGACACCGCCAACAAGAAGCUCUGGGAUGAAGCCAUGGAGCACAUUAAAGAGGGACCGAAUUUUCUGCGAAAGCUGGAGCAGAUCUUCAUGUGCGUGUGCUGCCAGGAGCUGGCCUUCCAGCCCAUCACCACCGUCUGCUCACACAACGUCUGCAAGACUUGUCUGCAGCGGUCGUUUCGGGCAGCAGUGUACACCUGCCCCGCCUGCCGCCACGACCUGGGCAAAGACUAUGUCAUGAACCAAAACAAGAAGCUGCAGAUUCUGCUCGACCAGUUCUUUCCCGGCUACAGCAAGGGCCGAUGAGAUCCGAUUUACACGUAUGGAUAGAAUACAUGCACAUAAGCAUCAUUUCUGCGCACCCUCGUAUACUGUCAUGUACUUAGAAGCUCCACUUUGAAACGCGUCGCACUCACAUAAUGUACUAACCCACGGGCAAUUGUGUUUUGCAUUUACAGCCAUCUUAUGUAUACAAUCAUUUACACACAAACCACCUCAGUUAGAGACCGACCUCAUCUGCUGAACUUGGAUCGUCUCCAUUUGCAAAACCAGCCUGAAAGAUUCAGACAGAGGACAUUGCCUCGCCUCGCUACUCCAGCCACAAGACGUGGGCACAAAAACAAACGCACAAAAAGCCCCUGCACCCACAGGCCCACCUACCAUCUCAAGGUCUUUUCUCCGUUGCCGUGUGUUUCUUUUUUUUUUUUUUCUUCUUCAAUGUUGCCCGCUGGCUCUGUUAAUAAGCAGUACAUUGUCUGGGUGCAAAUUCAUGCUUGAAAGCAAACGUUUAAAUUUCUGCCAACCUGCUUGCAUUUUACGUACCAUGUAUGCAGUUUUACACAAACGCGCAGAGGCCAUUGAAAGGACUCUCCCUUGCCAGGUGGCGGUUUGUGGUGCUAGAGACGGUGCAAGUCUGAGCGAGAGGUUCUCAAAGCAAGGAGUUUUACACACUAUUUUAUAAAAACGAAGCACUAUAUUAGUGGCUCGUGCUGUAGGCUUGUUUCUAGGCUAGUCUGGUGCAUUUUCCUGCAUCAUGUUUGGUGCUUGUGUCACUUGGAAUCGUCUAAUUUCUUUCUAUUGAGCUAACAGGAAUAAAUGAAGCUUCACCAAGGUCAUGGGAGAAGAGAACGUAACUAAAGAGCUGUUUCUACUAAAAGUAAAGGGGAUUCGUGGUAAAGAUUCCACUCUAAACAAAAAGGAGCAGGCAUUUCUUGGCCAUCAGAAGAAUACCUUUUGGUGUUUCUUUUCAUUUAGCACACCAACUCUCGGAUGCUUGGUUUUUUGUGUGUGUUUUUUUUGUUCACAGUGGCAUCUUCAGAGGCCAGCCUGUUUGUCCUUGACGUUACCUGGUAACCACUUUCAAGUCAGACCGUUUUCAUUGCUAUUUUGAUCAGAAUGUUCACAGCAAAUGUUUCUCUGCCGUUCUUCGACGUGUUGCAAGAAAUGUCUACUGGAGAGCUUUUGGCUUCUGAAAAGAGGCUUCAUAAGCAGCCGCGCAGCCAUAUGUGGAUACGUUUGUCACAUUCCAGCAAGAAAAUCCUGCGUCUUUUAAAAUCAUUUGGUCAGUUGUCUAUUAUUUUGUAGCACCGCUCACUCUGCCUAACAGCUGGCUGAAAGAAAGCUUAAAAACAUCCUAUCUUACAAGAAAGAAACAAUUAGUUUUUAAAAAAUAUUUACAUCUGUUAUGCAGCUGACUGCAGGCUAGCUACCCCAGCAAGUAGCCUGACCAAUUACGCUACAUGCUUUGUGCAGCUGCAGAAAUGUCUGGUCACCCUGGCUUGUUUUUUUUUCACAUGUAAUUAUAUCAACUUUAAACUCUAGGAUAUAUAUCCAGCAUAUAUGGUUUUAGACAGAGUGUGAACAGCAGACAGGGUGUGUCGGACCAAAGAGAAGAGCGGCUCCAUCACAGCACAGAAGUGGUCAUUGACCUUUUAGAUAAUCUAAAAUGAGCCAAUCAGAAAUGCAGUUCUGUGGCCUUAAAUAUUACAUAAUAUACUGAUUUUAGUGACUACAGCCCAACAGAAUUCAUCGCAAAACUGGAUGAGUUCUGUCUCGAAAAAUACCUGAAACAGGAAGCUCUCCGCUGCUGAUUAUUUCAUUAUGUCAUACAUUUUUGCUGGCAAUGCAAUAGAAAAAAGGAUUAGUAUAUAUAUAACUCAAGAAUUACAAAUACAAAACUAUUUUAAAAUACUUAACUGGUCGAUAAACUCAAUAGGAGGCACAUCAUUUUUUGUACUGCUUCAGACUAAUAAUGUUUUAUAACUAGAAAACAAUUUUUUUAAAUUUGUUUUAUGUGCACAGUUUCUAGAAAAAUGUGUUGCCCAAAAUAAUAAUUUUGCAUCAUGUCCAUGAAAUAAGAUUUUCACAUUUUUAAAAAUUAGGUGUAGCCAAAGCUCACUGUCCGAAAUUAAGCUUAACUAACAUGCUUUUAAAAACUAAUAAUUACAUCUUAACUCAUUUUAAUAGGAUACACCUACAGUACAUUGCAAAGAUCUUAAAGAAAAUGAUUUUUCUUUUGUUCAUUUUUUUAUCCUUUUGAGUCACAUUGACUUAGACAUUUUUCAAAGUUUUAUAACCCAAAGCGUGUAACUCUUACGUGUUUAAAGUCUGUCGUCGUCAUCUUCGCCCACUGCAUCGAGUCAUCAAAUAUUACUAGCUGUCUUUUUUUUUAUAUACAUUAGAAAGUUUGAACGCAAUCGGUUAUUCUGUUGUAACUGAGAUAAGUGCCUGCUUGUAUGGUACUUUAAAAUGUCCCAGGUUGGCAGGUUUUAAUGGGAACCAAAUCAAACGUGAUGGAGAGCAAAGGCAGAGUUUCUGCACCGAUCCGUAACGUGGACAGAGGUCACCUGCAGCGCCGCAGUUCAGAUAAUAUACCAGAUCCGGGUUUUUUUUUUUUUUUAUGUUUGGGGAAAAUGUAGCCCAUGUUUAAUAGCCAGCGCAUAAGUCUUUGUGAGGCUGAAUUUACGACAUUUUUGUUCAUUAAGCCUUUCACGCACACACUUCUGUUCAUAUGCAAGUCAGCGAGCGGUUGUCCAUCAGCAGGCUGUUUAUGGUGAUGUCCUCGUUUCUUUUCAGUCAUUCAGGAUUUUCUUUAAACAUUUUUUUAUGAGUAACAUGCAAGUACAAAUGCUACUGCAGUCUUUAAAGCUAAAUGUGAUGUGCAUUAUCUUGAGAUUAUUUUUUCCCUGCAUUGACUGGCUAGUUAAUAGCCCUCCUUUCUCUCUGCUGUGACCUUUGCCCCUUUUCUGCUCUCCGUGAACUUAUAGUACUAACUUCUAGACGUCUUGUGGACGCUUGGCUUCAGUGCUGUGUUUUUUUUUUUUUUUUAUUGCACUCUACUAAAAAAAGUUUGAGCAAUCACAUUUAGGUUUUCUAGAAUGCUUACUGUUAUCUCUGUCCAUACUCUGAUUUUCUACUUUUUUUUUUUUUUUGCAGUUGCUUAUUUUCCGUUUUAAUCAGUUUUGUUGGCAGCCUCAAGUAUCUGCAGCACAUGCCAAUCUGAAAAGUUCCAUUGCUUCAUAUUGUGAUCUGAAAUUUUAUACAUGUCAUAAUACUUGAUAUGUACCAAUUAAAUAUUUGGAUUCCAGAAAAUGUCUUUGUUUUUCUUUUUACAGAUUUUUUAAAAUGUAAGUAUACUCGCGCUCUGGAGGAUCACUAAAUAGUAAAAAU